AUGGUGAUGGAUCAAGCCCGCAAGGAGUUAAAGAGGCACGAGGACAAACAAUUUUCGGUGUUUGACGAUAUACCAAAAGAACUUUAUGAAAUAAGGAAAAGUCUGAUGAAAAAGUUCAAGGAAGCCAGAGGCAAAGGCUGUACAGUAUAUUUCAGCAAAGUGCAACCAGAUAAGUUAUUUGUUAAUGGUAAAUUUAUCCCUGCAAAUGCUCCAUUGACAGAUUUUGUUUAGGUACGAGCACCGCUCUUUACACAUUUCCAGAGAUAAAAAUGUACAUAUGUAAAUAUAAUACUCUCAUCGGAGCUUUUCUUUCACUCUGCUCUCAGAUAGUCAUGUAUUUGCAUAUAGUUUCCUCGUAAUCUGUUGUAGGCGCUAACUACAUUCACUUAAAACUUUAUUUCCGAAUCACUGUCUCUAAAGCUCAACUAGGCUUUUGCUGUCGUAUACAAAUAUGCAAUCUCAAACAACUUUACUUAGUUCCAUUCCAGAGCGCAGCAUUUGAGAUAGUUAUCUUGCUGCUCUCUUAAUUGUUUGUAUCAGUCUUAAGUGGUUGUACUCUAUUGUUUUUCUUUUCGUGGUUAUUUUCCUUUAAUUUUCUGUCAUUCAAAGCUAUCGCAGCAUGUCAAUGAAGAAUUUCUUUGAGUGUCAGAUUGCUGUAAAUGUGUUGAUAAAUUUUCCCACCAAAUUAGGUCCUACUUAUUGUGGCAAUAUGGGGCGUAAUAGCAAGUUCAAUCUUUUGUCGUUAAAUGUUCGUGGGAUUCGCACUUUUGAAAAGCGGAAAGCUGUUUUUAGUUGGCUUGUAAAUUCCGAUGCCGACAUAAUUUUCCUGCAAGAAACAUACAGCACUCGAGAUAUUGAAAAUAUCUGGAGAAAACAAUGGAAAGGUGAAAUGCUCUUCUCGCAUGGCAGCAAUCAUAGCAAAGGUGUUCUAGCACUAAGAAAGGAUAAUUUAGAUUUCAAAAUACAUUCUACCAAGGUAGAUUCUCAAGGUCGCUACAUUUUUCAGGAGGCUUAUAUUCAGGAUUCGCCAUAUUUUCUUUUAAAAAAUUACUCUCCA